UGGGAACGGAGGGCGACUGCCUCCAUAAUGCUGCGGCUACAGGAUGAGAAGUCGCGAAAAUAAUAGUAAUAGUGCUUGUCAAAAAUAACGAUUGAGAUUGAGUUCCUGGGCGGAAAGACACUUUUCUUUUCUAAUGAGUUCUUUCUGAUCUACUUCCUGGCUGCCGUCGUGACGCACGUAAGUAGGUGGAGAGUUCAAAAAAUGCUCCUUUGCGUUACCUCCAGAGGUGAAGCUUCGAGGCUGAGUCUGUCAAAGUCGUUGCGCAUGCAACGACUAAGAAAGACGGCCUUAGACGAGCUCACAGUCAGCGAUGAAUGACUGGUUCUUGGAGAUCGAUCUUCUGACCUAUCACUCUCUGAGAGGACAGCGACGAACGGACGAAGUAGUACAAGACACCCAGCACCGUCUUGAGAAGAAAAAUACCGAUCGAGAACAGUCUGCCGCGACACUGACUGCUUUAGACCGCGAAUACUAAUUCUGAUUGCAAAAUAUACGACAACGACCGCGCACCACCAUCACGAUCGCCAGUUCAAUAGCGGCUGAAGUUCGCUUUUCGUUUUCUCAAAACUCGAUAACUUUCGGCAUUUUUCACCUACAAGGUGUUGACAAGCUCAGCCACGAUGGACCUUGAAGCACGAAUGGAUGAAACCGAUGUGAUCGUCAUCGACAUGGGGUCGGGCGUCACGAAAAGUAAAUAGACUGGAUUUUGAUGUAAUGAUGGUGUUUCAAUUUCAUCUCAGGUUUUUCGUCAAAAAACAUUCAUGUGCAGGUUUCAUUUACUCGUGCGUCCAUCUUCUUAUAGUUGUACAUCUUCCAGGACGCGCAGCCUCAUACUACAAAAGACCUACAACGACAGGUACAACACUAGUACGAUCCACUUACAUGCAAAUAUUCAUCUUGCCAAUAUUUUUUUCACAACAGUCGGUUUUUGCGGAGAAGACGCACCUCGAGCAUGCGUCGAUACGGUGACCGGUCAGGUUCUCACGGCAACGGGGACGGAGGGCCAGGAUAGGCAAAAAAAAGUGGUGGUUGGCGCAGAAGCAUAUCAGAAUAGUGAAGCAGAGCUAACACAACCAGUGCGGAGAGGGAUGCUUGAUUACAAGGACUCCGGAAACGCAGUCGAAACGCUGUUCCAGCACGCCUUCUCCAAAGUUCUAGCAGUAGAGCCAGAAGACUUUCCAUUGCUUAUUCUCGACGCGCCAACAGAGAGCAAACAAGCAAGAGAAUGGCUGGGGGAGGUCCGAUAACUAACGUGCUCGAUGUUGAAGAUGAAAUAGAAACCGAUUUUUUGUUCCUAGUUUUUCGGUCCCUUGAAUGAAGUUCUAAAUUCAUCGAAACCUUAGCGACCUCCCCCUCAUCCUCUCAUGCCCACAGCUCCUUUUCGAGAAGUUCAAAGUAAAAAGCCUCUCUAUGUGGAAUACGGCUGUAAUGAGUCUAUUUUCAACGGGCAAGACACGAGGUUUAGUAUUGGAAAGUGGAGACGGCGUAACCCACGCAGUGCCGGUACGACCAUAAGCUAUUGAUAUUCUGAGAGAGCAAACAAUUUGUUUUUAGCAGCAACCCAAUCUUACAACUACUAGAAGUAAUCUUGUUACAACUAGAAGUAGAACGAUCUUCCUGAUCCACUUCAUUUUUAUCUGUUUUCGAGGUCCACCGACUCCAACAUCCUUGUAAGUUUGUUCAGUGUCAUUUGAUCAGGUAUACGAGGGUUACGCCAUUCCGCAUGCGGUUUUCAAGCUCGAUUGUGGUGGCGCUGACAUAACAGAGGAGCUGCACGCGCGAUGCGUGGAGGCGGGCAUUCCAGGAGUAGCUGAGUUGGAUGCAAUGCAGCAAAUUACAGUAAUGAGGAAGAUGAAGGAAAAGCUCGCAACAUGUGUGCCCGACUACGAAAAAGCCUGCGACUUGCCCGACCCCUCAGAUCAAGAGCAUAGAUCAUUCGAGCUCCCAGAUGGAAGCAUAGUGCAGGUAGGCUUAUGAUUAUCUCGAGUUACUGAAAUUCUUGUAGUCACACUGAAUAUUGGGUUUGUCUCUGAUGAUAUAUCCAGAGGAUGCUUGGACCAUUCAUCAUCGUUCGAUUUCGAGAGCAGUAGCUUCUUCUACAAUAUGUUGGUUGGUAUACAGAUCCCUCACGACAUUCGGUUUGGAGGAGCCGAGGUGUUAUUUUCACACGCGGGUGAAGAGACGGUGCAGCACGUAUGCACCUCAGCGUUGAACACGCUAGACGCUGACUUCCGUAGUGAAUGCAUGCAGAACAUCGUUCUUGCGGGUGGUUCAACCAUGAUUGCAGGGCUGCCAGCUAAAAUAAAGCAAGAAGUGCAGAAAAUUUUGGGCGAAAAAGUCCAGGUGCUCACAGAUUCCCAGAGGAAAAACGGUACUUACGCGUUUGAUCGUGUUUUUAUCAAGAAGAUAGGCGGUGAGCAAACAUCACAUGAGCACCAUGCAGAAUCUUCAACGUCAUUCAAACGUACUGAUCUAAUUCCAAUCGAUGUACUAAAUUAAUAUUCAUUGAUAUUCUCUAGCGAAAUCGAGAUGUACUCCUACCUCUGAACAAUAAACUUUCCUACGAAUAUAGAUGGAAGUGCAGCACCCCUAUCUGUUCUACUUAUACAGCUGCGUGGAUCGGCGGAUCGAUGUUUGCGAGCUUUUCUACCUUUCCGCAUUACGAAAUAACGAAGGCUGAUUACGACGAAGGCAAGAUUGAUUUGAAGGGCCUGAUUGCCAAAAAGACUUUCUAAAAAGCUGUAAAUGGUCCUCCAAGCCACGCGCAUAUGUAUAGUUUCAACUGCACAAGGAGGACCCAGACGGAUGAUGUUUUGAACUAGUUGUGAAAUUACAACUAUAUGAACUCCUGUUUCUUUUUGUUGAACUGACUUUGUUGCUGGCGUGUAGUUGUGUGUCAACAAUGUCGCGAAAAGUAAUUGUAAGUACAUCCAGAUCCGUGUAAACCGAUUUGUAGUGUUAUUGAACAGGCUCCUGUGUACUGGACCUACCUGCGUUGCUAUUUUUACCAUUUCUGACUUAACCCAAACCAUGACCAACCGCAAGUGAAAGAUUGCGAAUCAGAAAAAUAAAAUUUCAUCUUCACCAUCGCGAACAAGAACUGAACUUCUUUUGCAAUUGAGUCCGUACCCUAAUAUUCCAACAAAUCAUAUCGAUAUCCUUAUCCAUGCCGCGGCGUCGCUCGACUCGUGUGCAGCUUGGUAAUUUUCCUCAUGACUGUUGCUGGCGAGAGGCGAGUAGAAAGCGGAGGCAGCGCUUGUCUCAUGUGAUAUAAGUGAUCAUCUGCAUCUUCACUAUAUUAUAUUAAUCAGAUUUCCUAAGUGAAGAAACAAAUUCUUGGCGCAGUUGAGAGAAAAUCAAAAAACGGAGAACUAAGAGCAAUGCGAAU